GGGGCCCAUAACACUACACUGUGUGAAUCUGAAGGAACUCAAAAAAAGUUGAAGCAUACUUUAUGAAAAUAAAUUGAGGACUAUAGGCCUUAGAUAAAGCAAAUUAGCUUGUGAAAAUGACCGAGGGGCGGUUUGAAACGAUUCAUAACCUCCGCCCAAAGAACUGGGAUAACCGUCGGCACUGGACGAACUGGCACCACCUUUACGAUUGUGAAGCCGACCACCUCGCGCGCGAGAGCUGCCCCUUUCACGACCUUCGUGCUGGAGGUCAGUUUCAGUACGAAAAUUGGGGAGGCGGUCCCUAUGCGGUGCCAAUCGAACCAAAAUGCCUCAACAAUCGCGCUAAUGGUGAUCGGAUGGAUUUCGCGCUUAGUGGUGGUACAGCCCUCGCUGGUUGGGGGAACAUACCACUGGAAACAGAAGCUGGACGCCCCACUCCCGAGGCCACCACCGUUCCACGGCAUAGAGCCGUCUUCACGAAAAAGAACCCCCUUAAACGUGGUCUUUUCUCUGAAUACCCAUACAUGCCGGAAGGUGAACCCGUGGACUGCGAUGCUAAGCACUACAAAGCUGCGGAGUCGGGUAAGGUUCAGGGAGGGGGCAGCCCUAGUGGAAUGAAAGCUGGUGGUCGCCAUGAGUACUUGGGUCUCCCAACGGAGCAUAUCCCCGAUCCGUAUAACGAUAAGAUAGGUUGUGGCAGGCGAAAUUACUUCCGCACGGGUCCUGUGCCACAUGACUACCCAAAGUGGAUGCCACAGGGCUCGGCAGAUCGGAAGAAAAAGAAAAAGGAUGUCUUACCUUUCUACGCAGGCAAACAUCCCAACGCGGGAAUCAUUCUGGCCGGAGACAUGGAAUGGAUUCCAGAUCCAUACAGCCCGUGUCGCAUCGACGGCGGACGCAGACCGUUCCGAACGUGGCAUACUCACACAAAGUGGUCCAUGCCGACCUACGCCCCCUGGACAACAGGCCUAAGCACAGCAGAGCCCCGAAAGGGUGGUGCAUUAAACUUAACUGAGGAAAAUCUGCCAAGUCUCGCGACUUACGAUCGUGUUAAUCUAAAGCAAACCAUAGGGUCAGAGGCCGCACUCUCGACGAUGAAUUCAUUGAAAUCUACUUUACCCAGGAUACGUGAUGGGAAACAUUCACUAGUGAAGCAAAAAAUGGUAUAAUGCUAUCAAAAUAAAAAAAGGGGGGCGACAUGUACACUAUUUGAUGUAUACCCUCAAUAUUAUCUAUUAUCACACUACUACUUCUUCAUUUAUUUCUCUCCAAAUCGAGAUGAUAACAAUAUGAAGAAAUGUCGCUUAUCCUCAUCACCCCCAUUGUUGUUGAUGAUUCAUUUGUACACAACCAUCCAUCUAUAUAUGGAUGUAUUCAUGUAACUCUUCAGUAUGUAUGUAUUAUUAAAUGAAAGGGAGUGAUAUUUCUACGACUUUCUUUAUACCUUAGUGCUAUGGUAAAGUGGUCAUAUGUACAUGGUGUUGUGGAGCCUUUAUUUACCCAAAAGGGG